AUGAGAAGUCUGAGAAGCUUCAGCCAGGUGGUUCGGUUUUAUGUGGUUCUAAGAAAUGUCGAUACAUACUUCAUCCAUGCUAAUGUCUGCCGGGCUCGUGUCAGCCAUGGCUCAGCUGGUGUCCACCUUUCAUUGUCAUCUUCCUUUGUCACUGCUGCUCAUUACAGCUCAUUAUCACAGCCGGACAUGGGAUUCAAAAUGAUCGAAAACAUCAGCUCUCACCGAGGACCCUGUGGUCCUGCAGAGCUGCACCCCGACAUCAUCGGGGUGUACAUCGUUUCAAAGCUGCAGAAAUCCUUGAUUCUUUCUUUUAACUUCCAUGUCUUCAGGUACACAGAGGAGGAGAUCCGACAGAAAGUGAGCACCUUCAGGCAGAUGCUGAUGGACAAAGAGGGUGUCAUCACCAGGGAGGACUCUCACACACAGGCGAACCACAUCCACUAUCAGCCCUACGAGUGUGAAGUGGAGGCUGGAGCAGACGGCUACGAAGAAGGAGACGAUGACUACCACAGUGACAGAAUGAAAAGAAAAUCCAGCAGCUCUCUGUCCCCUCGUCCAAAGAAAAGGAAGAAGAAGAAGUCAGGCCGUCGAAGGACUCGGUUUGUCAGCUCCUCGCCCACGUGCGGAGACAAAAAGAAAAAGGGUGGCAAGAAGCAUAAACGAGGCAGGUCCGGCUCAAACUCCAGGAAAAAGAGAAGCUACAGAUCAGGAAGCCCAAAGAACAAACACAAAGACAAGAGCAGACAGAAACAGAGGUCCCCCGGUGAGAUCCCCAGCAAGAGUUCACACCAUCAAGGCAGCUGCUGCAGUUCCCGAAGCGCCUCCUUGUCCUCCACUCGGAGCACCUCCAAAUCUCCCACCAGACUAAAAUCCAAGCACAAGGCAGAAGGACAGAAGGUGUCCAGGACGUCUCCAGCUCCCAGCAAUCCCGCGGCAUGGCACAACGGGGACCACACCCAACGGAGCCGGAACGGCAACCCCGGCAGACUUGUACACAGCGAGGGCGACAAAGGGAAUGAUAGGCUGCACCUGCUGAAUGUUAGCUCUGCCGGCCUCCAAUCCACUCUGCUGAGAGACCACAAGCUCCACAGCAUCCCCGGAAGGAACCAAACAGGACUGGUGUGCACCGCAGGAGAGGCGGGGAGUGUGGACGGCAAGCUCUCCGCUGUAGGGAGCUCCUUGACUCAGACAUCAGGGAGGAGAGGAGCUCAGAGAGGCCAGCGGAGGAGCUCCCGUUCUCCGGCUCAGAGCAGCGAUUCAGCCCACUCCCAGCAGAACCACACCAAUAGAGCGAGGAGCUCUCGGCACCAGAAGAAGUCCAAAGGUGGCCACUCCAAGCGUCACCACCGCUCUGGUCGGGGUCCGGCCCGUCACAGGAACCAGUCCGGGUCUCCGGGUCACCACGCGCACACCUCAGGCAGGAAGAGCGAGGAGCCUCGGAGCAAGGCCGACCUCCGCCAGCGCAGCAGCUCCUGGAGCAGCGGACACUCAUCCUCACACUCUGCCUCCAGGGACCGGGGCCCCAGCAAGGUCAAGUCCCCCCACAGCCGACAGAACGUCUCCAGGGAGAGAGACAGUGCAAACCGCUCCGACACCGACAGCCGAGCUCGCCGCCGCUCACGCAGCUACUCCCCUAUCAGGAAGAGAAGAAGGGAUUCUCCCAGCUUCAUGGAGGCUCGGAGGAUCACCAGCGCUCGGAAGAGGCCGAUCCCGUACUACCGCCCCAGCCCUUCGUCCUCCAGCUACGACAGCAGCCCGUCCAGGUCCAGCCGCAGCUACAGCAGCUAUAGCAGCUACAGCCGGAGCCACAGCCGGAGCCACAGCAGAAGCCGGAGCAGGAACUGGAGCCGGAGUCGCAGUCAGAGCCGGAGUUGGAGCCGCAGCCGCUCCCGCAGCUACGACAGCCACAGCAGCUACGAAAGCCCGGGAUUCUGAUGAGGGAAGAGCUGCUAAACAACACCACUCUGCUGUUCUGUCACCAAGUCCUCAACGAGUCCCGGUCCAAACUCUUCCACUCUGGACUAGUCAUGCUCCCAGCUCAGAGCUUGAAAAAACCAGAAAUGUAUUUUUCAUUUAGCACAUCGCCAUGGAAUUGGUCAUCAUGUAGAAAAAGUGUUCCAGGAAAACGGCGUUCCCAAAGCAGGAAGCAAUUGGUCGAGCCCAAAGAUCAAAUCUCUCUCUUUCUCUCUCUCUCUCUCUCUCUCUGGAAGUCAGCACUUUCUCUCUCAUCUUCCUCCAGGAAACCAAAAACAUGUCAACUAAAUGCAAACAUAUAACCAUAUUUAAAUGUAUCCUAAAAGUGAAGCCAAGCAGAAGGGAAGAAAGCAAGCAGCUUCAUGUACAUUUCCAUCAUCAUCAUCAUCAUCAUGAACUCAUCACUCCAAAGACCAUCACAGAGCAGCGAUCAACGAGUCAGAACAAAGAGCGAGGUCCACAAAAAGAACUUUUUUAUGGUUCAAACUUUACUGUAUAGAUUUGUGUGAAUAGCUGUAAACUGUUGAGUUCUGGCUUUGUAAACUAUGCACUGUAAAUUCCAUUUGGCUCCAGCAGGUUCGUUGGCAUGGCGGCGCUCCGAGAAGGAGGGAAAGACGAGGAAUGGUGGUGGGGGCUGUGUAUUAUUUACUGUUACCCCCUCCCCUCAGUGAAUGACCACCUCUCUCCGUGUGUGUGUGUGCGUGCAUGCAUGCAUGUGUGUAUGAGUGUGUGUGAGUUCUUCGUAGCCUUCUCAACAGGAAAAACUGCAAAAAUCCCCCUCCAUGCAUACCUGUUUCCACCUCAGCUAUUUAUAUGUUUUUAUUUAUUUGUUUGUUUAUUUAUUUAUUUAUUUAUGUAUUUAUUUAUUUAUUUAUUUAUUGCCUAAGAUUAGAUGUUUGAAGACGUGGUUGACGGACAUGUUUUUUAUUGACUUUCAAGGUCCCAGUUUGAUGCUAAAAUCGAGACUAGUUUUCAUCUCUUCAUGCUUUUGUCAUCAUGAUUAUUACUAUUAUUGUUAUUAAAGCAGAAAUCUGGAGAGGGUGCUCGCUGCAGACCUACAAAGGCGGAGCUGCACCAGAGUCAGCCCCGCCCAUUCACGCAAACUCAGUCUAGCCCACUGACUUCCGUUUUUGUUUUUCCAACUUUAUCGCAAACUAACCUGACCCACAUGAAUUACGGCUGUUACUAGUUUACAGUCGUUAAUGCUAUGUUCUAUGCUUCAAUUAAACAAGAUAAAUAUAACUUGCUACAUGACAAAGCCUGAAUAUAUCUCGAAAUGAAAAGGUUUCUUUUAACGAAUAUCUACCCACAGCCGUUCCAAGAAAAGUG